UUUACCACUAUAAAGAGGGCAAGCGCCGCUGGCAUGCGCUUUCUUCAAAGACGAUCGUCAACAUGGUCAGAACUAAACUGCUGUCCUUGCUCUUGCUGAUGAUGGCACUUCCACAAAGAAUGGAGGCGGACAAAUCUGCGGAAGUGGCUGCCGGAGCAGCAACCGACCAUGGAUCACAGAACAAUAACGAGGAACAGCCAGAAGGCGUAGCAGGGGCAGAACAUGAAGCAAAGGGCACGCAGCCAGAAAAAAAAGACAGAGUUACGUUACCAGAAAACACAGAUGAAGCAAAUAACGUGGAACAUCCAAAGGACGCAGCACAGGGAAAAUACGAUAAGAAGAAAGAAAAUAGCGAACAUAUUUCAAAAGAAAAGGAAUCAUCAAAAGUAGGAGAAGAAAAACCAUAUGAACUGAGACAAGCCAAAGUGGAAUUAGGUGACAAUGAAGGUGCAAAUCCGGUCAACAAUGAAAGGAACCCAACUCAACUGAGACAAGCCAAAGUGCAAUUAGGUGCAACAGAUUUAGCAACCCAUCAACGAACUACGGAUCUAAUAGACCUGAUUACAUACAAAGCCUCCUCCGAGGAGGAAUUGUAUAAUGGCGGCUAUAAGAUUUCUUUACCGGGCGAACAUCAAAAUACGGGCCUCCGGCAUGUGCAUGCACACGAUGGGUUCCACAAUAUACAGCACGAGCCCCUUUGGGCGCACUGGAAUGAUGCGUUCACCACUAAAAGUCAGAAUUAAACUUAAAUAAAAACACCCUGUAAAUGUCAACAGCAGCGUGCAGUUGUUGAUUAGACGCUCCAGGCCAAGACAAAUGCAAUUAAUGAGACGGGCCAAGGUAAGCCAAACUUUGGCUACCCGCAACAGUUGUAGUGUAUGGGUGUUCAGGGAACAACCAGAAAAAAAUAUAUAAUAUAUGUCAGUA